AUUUUAACAGACCAUUACGAAUUCUUUUUUAAAAUAUGAUGUAAUAAUUAAUCAAUAAAAUUUAAUUCAUAUAAGUGCACAAAAGCGUGUAAAUAUUAGUAGAAGCCGUGUAAAGUUUGAAAUUUUACAUCACUGCUGCCAACAUAAAAAUCAAUAUACCCCUGUCAGGUGACGGGUCUAUUUCUUUUCCAAUUGUGCAGUGUAGAAAUAAUGGCUGCUGGUACUUUAUACACUUAUCCGGAUAAUUUCCGUGCCGCCAAGGCACUGAUUGCGGCUCAAUAUGCCAAGGGAAACGUCAAAUUGGCACCUAACUUUGUUUUUGGCGAAACCAACAAGACCAAGGACUUCCUAAAAAAAUUCCCUACCGGAAAAGUGCCAGCUUUCGAAACAUCUGAUGGCAAGUACCUAGAAGACGGUAACGCGAUCGCCUACUAUUUGGCCAACGACCAGUUAAAAGGAAAAUCUGAAUUCGACAAGGCCCAAAUCUUGCAAUGGAUUGGUUUUGCAGAAGGCCAAAUUUUGCCACCAGCUUGCGCUUGGGUUUUCCCUGUCCUGGGAGUUGUCAAAAGCUCCCCUAUCUCAAACGAGGCAUCUGCAAGGGCAAAAGACGACCUUAAGGCCGCCCUUACCGUUUUGAACAGCCAUCUUCUCACUCGUACCUAUUUGGUAGGAGAACGCAUCACCCUGGCCGAUAUCGCUGUGGCAUGCAACAUAUUAAACGCUUACAAAUUCGUUUUGGACCCUGAAUACAGAAAGCCAUUCGUCAACGUCAACAGAUGGUUCAACACUUUGGUCAACCAGCCACAAUUCAAGGCCGUUUUGGGUGCAGUAGAACUAUGCAGCAAAGCUGCGGUAUCUGGUGUUGCAGCUGGAGACAACAAAAAUAAGAAGAAGGAGGAAAAGAAGAAGCAGCCGCAACAACAGGCUGCCAAAAAAGAGCAGCCCAAAAAGGAAAAAGAAGUGGAAGAGGAAAUGGACGCUGCGGAUGCCGCGUUGGCUAUGGAACCGAAAAGCAAGGAUCCCUUCGAUCUGUUGCCGAAAGGCACGUGGAACGUGGACGACUUCAAACGUUGCUACUCGAACGAAGAUGAGACCAAAUCCAUCCCAUACUUCUGGGAGAAGUUUGACCAUGACAACUACUCCAUCUGGUUCGGCGAGUACAAGUACAACGAGGAAUUGGCCAAAGUAUUCAUGAGCUGCAACCUGAUCACCGGCAUGUUCCAACGUUUGGACAAAAUGCGUAAAGCUUGCUUUGCCUCUGUCUGUCUCUUUGGAGAAGACAACAACAGCACCAUCUCCGGAAUCUGGGUGUGGAAAGGGCAGGAUCUUGCCUUUACUUUGAGCCCUGACUGGCAAAUCGACUAUGAAACGUACGACUGGAAAAAACUGGACUCUAAAUCAGAGGAAACAAAAAAAUUGGUGGCACAAUACUUCUCAUGGACUGGCACUGACAAGCAAGGCAGAAAGUUCAACCAGGGCAAGAUCUUCAAAUAAAACGACGCCUUUUUAUUGUUUUUUUUUACAAACAAAUAUUCCCCCGUUCUGUAAAAUCAAAGAUAUUAAUAUAAACAUGAUUUUAUAUACACAUGUGUUAUUUUUCUAUUCGUUUUUAAAUUGUUUUUCGUUUUUUCGCCAUGUUUAUGUUGUAUAUUUGAUCAGCGGCGGCGCGGCUCCUUAAGUCAACUAUUAUUUAUUUUUACUUCGCAACCCCGCCCCCAAAAAACCUUAAUACUUUGUUAUAUAGAAUGGAGUUCUAAUAAAAACUACUUUAUGUAAAAAACUGACUUCUUUAUUAUUAACAGACUUACGAAAUUUCAUUUUUUAUUUUACAAGUAAAAAUUUCUGUAAUUAAUAGUAAAUUAUGUAUUAUGGAAG